AUGGUGCGUCUAGCGGCCGAGCUGCUGCUGCUGCUGGGGCUCCUCCUGCUUACCUUGCACAUCACGGUGCUGCGAAGCAGCGAUCCCGAAGCGCCGCCGGGCAACCACAGCCAGCGUCAGCAGGAAAUCCUUCACACAGAGAGCCUUUCAUCUCUUGAAAGCAGCUUCACAUUAGACCCAGAAGAUCGACAGAAUUAUCCUGGUCACCAGGCAGCACAUCGGUCAUUGGCCAAGCAGCGAUUCAGGCAGCAGAACGGACAUACAUCCUUGCAAAAAGAUGGGCCCAGAUCUUUCCUUUUCGAUCUUCCAAAUUUUCCCGACUUCUCAAAAGCAGAUAUCAAUGGGCAAAACCCUAACAUCCAGGUGACCAUAGAAGUUGUUGAUGGGACAGAGUCUGAAUCGGAGAAAGGUCUUCAAAGAGAAAGCAGCAAAACCAGUUGGCCUGUUCCAUCACCAAACUGGAGAAACUGGUGGCAAAGAUCCGCACCUUCCAUCACUCGCAUGAGUAGUGGAGACCAGGAUUACAAAUACGAUAGCACGACUGAAGACAGCAACUUCCUAAAUCCCUUGAGUGACGGCUGGGAUAGGCAUCCAUCAAGUCAUCGGAUGUUUGAAUCAAAGGAGCAGCCAGAAUAUGAUUACAUAGAGGGAGAAGGAGACUGGAGUCUGUGGUCAGUUUGUAGUACAACUUGUGGAAGUGGCAACCAGAAACGCACUAGGACCUGUGGAUAUGCUUGCACAGCCACUGAAUCGAGGACAUGUGACCGACCAAACUGCCCAGGACUGGAGGAUACAUUCAGAACAGCUGCCACAGAAGUGAGCUUGCUUGCAGGAAGUGAAGAAUUCAAUGCCACAAAGCUCUUUGAAGUUGAUACGGAUAGCUGUGAAAGGUGGAUGAGUUGCAAAAGUGAAUUCUUAAAGAAGUACAUGCACAAAGUAGUCAACGAUCUUCCCGCUUGUCCUUGCACCUACCCAACCGAAGUAGCUUAUAGCACAGCAGAGAUCUACGAUCGUCUGAAAAGGAAGAACUUCCGCUGGAAAGAUGCAAGUGGGCCAAAAGAAAAACUGGAGAUCUAUAAGCCCAGCGCCCGCUACUGCAUCCGGUCCAUGCUGUCCUUGCAAAGCACCACCUUGGCAGCACAGCAUUGCUGCUAUGACGACAGCAUGCAACUGAUUACCCGAGGGAAAGGGGCUGGCACUCCCAACCUGAUCAGCAUCGAGUUCUCUGCAGAACUUCAUUACAAGGUGGAUGUUUUGCCCUGGAUCAUUUGCAAAGGGGACUGGAGUAGGUACAAUGAAGCCCGGCCACCUAACAAUGGUCAGAAAUGUACAGAAAAUCCUUUGGAGGAGGACUAUUACAAACAAUUUCAGGAAGCAAGAGAGUACUGAAAACGGGUGUGGGAGGAGCUUUGAAAAUU